AUGUUGGCCACGUCGGCCGUCCGCAGCGCCCCAUUGAGGGUCGCCGCCCGAACCAUUGUUCGAAAGACCACCACUCGUGCUGCAUCGUCGAGUGCUUCCGAAGCCGCCUCCUCUCCCUUUUACCUUACACUGGGCGCUUCAGCUGCGACGGCAGCAACAGUUGGCUCGAUUGCCUGGUACUACCAUCUGUUCGGUCAAGAUGUCUUUGCCAUGACUCCUGCAGAAGAGGGAUUACACCCAACCCAGUAUCCGUGGGAGCACACAAAAUGGACAAAAACAUUCGAUCACGCUUCUCUCCGAAGAGGGUUCCAAGUUUACCGUGAAGUCUGCGCCGCCUGCCACUCUCUCAAGCGAAUCCCAUACCGGUCACUGGUCGGUACGAUAAUGACCGUCGACGAAGCCAAGGCGAUGGCCGAAGAGAACGAGUACGACACUGAACCCAACGACGAAGGAGAGAUCGAGAAACGACCCGGCAAGCUGUCUGACUACAUCCCCGACCCGUAUAAGAAUGACGAAGCCGCUCGUGCCGCCAACAAUGGUGCCCUUCCUCCAGAUCUAUCCCUCAUGGUCAAGGCCCGUCAUGGCGGUUGCAACUACAUCUUCAGUCUACUGACCGGCUACCCGGAGGAACCGCCUGCGGGUGCCACCGUCCAAUCUGGUCUCAACUUCAACCCAUACUUCCCCGGCACCGGCAUCGCAAUGGCUCGUGUUCUGUACGACGGAUUGGUCGAAUAUGAGGAUGGCACGCCCGCGACCAGCUCGCAAAUGGCCAAAGACGUAGUCGAGUUCUUGAACUGGACCGCAGAACCAGAAAUGGAUGAGCGCAAGAAGAUGGGUUUCAAGGUCCUGAUCAUCGGCACUGCCCUGUUGGCCCUGAGUGGCUGGAUCAAGCGAUACAAGUGGGCCCCCAUCAAGACGAGAAAGAUCAUCUACAAUCCUCCUGGACAGAAGCCCGGUUUUAGAAUGUAA